AUGUCAAAGGGUUUGAUCGAGGUGUACAAAGUGACACAGAACAAGGAUCACCUAGAGUCUGCAUUACUUUUAUUAUUCUACUUUGACAAUCCAACUACAUCAUUGACGAUCAAUCAAGAGGUGAUCGAUCACUACCCAUCAGAACUCAAACAACUCAUUGCCAACAAUAUGGACACAAUAUUCAUGAGUCAUAGAGGGAUGAAUAUCCCAUUGAUCAUUGCAUGUUGCCAACAAAACAUUCUUGAAGAUCACCUAAUCAAACAGAUCCGCAUCAAAAUGUGCCUCUCAUCAAUGCAUCGUCCAAGUUGGGUCGUCGCGUCAUUCAUCAACUCAUUCACCAAUGUCGCUGAUGUUUGGAUGGAGGUCGUCAAUCUCGUCGACACAGCCCAACUAGUCCAACUUGCCAAGGUUAUCGGACACAGUCGUCCAUUGUUCAAGGCACUCAAACUCCUCUACGUCAUACGAUUAAGUAGCCACAGCCACUACAAACACAAACAUACUCUCAAACAUUCGGGGCGCCAUGACCAUGAGUAUGAGGACCAACUCAAACAGUUCAGAUUGUUCAAGAUACAAUCAAUCAUUCAUCAAACCCUACAGGACAGGAAACAACAUACUCUUAAGAUCCAUCACGAGGUCAUCUGUCCGACACUGCCACAAUUGAUCAUCAACAAGAUUGUUGAGUUGUCGUUGAUAAAUAUUCCAAAGUUGAGUCCUGAGUGGGUCUCUGAUCUGGCAAGAGUGAGCACUCACUUCCACAAGGCAUGCUCACUGCUACUCACACAUAUCCCCAUGCCAAGCAUUAGUAUCCAAUCAGCAUUGGAAUAUAUUGGAUCUAAGUUCUGUCUCUUCAAGGAUACACCACUACAUCUCAAUGCUCUCGAGAUUGUACGCAUUCCUGACAAGCACAUUGCACGCUGCAUCGAUCGAUUGGAGCACCUGACAUUGCCAUUCUCUUCUGAAUCAUUGAACCUUGAGUCUAGGAUCAGCUCCAUCAUGUUCAUUCACAUCAAAGCUCCUCAUCUCAAACAUAUUACAAUUUUUGAGCACUAUUGUUGUGAAGACUGGCCCGAGGCCAAAACAAUACGGGAGAACUGCGAGUUUAAACCAUCAGAUGAUGAGGAUGAUGAUGAAAGGCCGCGUCAUGCAUAUGUAGCCUACAAGAAACAUUUGGAUUACUUUUGGGUGAACGAACCAUCUAUUGAUUACUAUGAACAAUUCUUCAAGUUCUUCUUCAAGAAAUACGUCAAGCACAAUCCAGAAGUGGAAUCGUUAGAGUACAAGACAUCAUCAAUGUCCAUUCCUUUCAGAGACAUCAUAACCCAGCGACACAUCAAGUUGAAGCACCACCUUUUACUAUACAAACUGGAUUUAACAACAUUUGAUCUACCCUCCACUGAUAUGGCCACCAUCAACAAAGUACAUCUCCUCAUGUCCAUUUCAUUUGAGGGCAUUCAUCUCAUUCCCAAUGCCUCAGAGGUCACUCUCUAUGACUAUGAUCCAACCAAAGACAAAUUCAAUCAAAUAACAGAGCAUACACACUUGCCAUCGAUUCGCCCAGUAUCGACAGAGUCAUUGCUCUCCUUCCACAUUGUACAACCACCAUCACAUCAAUAUCGAUCACAAUCACUGAUUAUGGCCAACUAUUGA